AUGCGCCGUCUUAGGGAAGAUAUGGUUAACUACUUGAGGGACUUCCAAUUUGGGGUUGGAAUCCCCAAUGGGGCAGAAGCGGUUCUCCAUAGUGCAAAUAGGUUUCUUGAUUGCUAUCAUGCAGAUGGUUCGUUGGUCAUGCUGACCAUUGACUUUUCUAAUGCGUUUAACCUGGUGGAUAGGACGGCAAUGUUAAAGGAGGUGCAUCGAGUUUGUCCGUCCCUAUCCCCAUGGGUGAAUUUUUUGUAUGGUCAACCUGCUGGGCUUUACGUAGGGGAUAACUGCAUUUGGUCUACCACCGGGGUUCAGCAGGGGGAUCCGCUAGGACCUUUACUGUUUGCUCUGGCUUUACACCCCCUCAUUACCAGGGUCCAAGAGCAGUGUCGCCUGCUUUUUCAUGCUUGGUACCUUGAUGAUGGUACGAUUAUUGGUCCUGUUCGUGAAGUGGCUAAGGCUUUAGAAGUUAUCUCAAGGGAAGGCCCUUCUUUGGGGCUCCAACUAAAUGUUCGGAAGACUGAAUUGUUCUGGCCAUCAUGCAAUGGGGAGACGUUUGCUGCGGGGUUAUUCCCAGAGGAUAUUGGGAGGCCUAAGCUGGGAGUCAAGUUAUUGGGGGGUGCUGUCAGCCGUGAUCGGGACUUCAUCAGUGACCUGGCUGUUAAGAGGGCCUCCCGGGCUGUCGAUCUCAUGAGGGUACUCCCACAACUUAAGAACCCACAAUGUGAACUCCUUUUACUGCGUUCGUGCAUGGGAGUUGCCAAGAUUAUCUUUGGUCUCCGCACAUGCCAACCAUCUUAUGUUGGAGCGGCUGUUACUUUGUUUGAUGAAGGACUUCGACAAGCCAUUGAUGAUAUUGUGGUUGGCGAGGGGGCGUUCUUUGGGGACUUGCAAUGGCGAUUGGCUUCCUUUCCAAUCAAAGAGGGUGGGCUUGGAUUACUAUCGGCGGGGGAUGUCUCGUCUUUUGCCUUCGUGGCCUCCAGAGUGCAAUCUUUGGAACUUCAAGAUCAUAUUCUGUGA